AUGAUGAUACUUAGAAACAGAAAAAUUAGCAAUACAUCUCCAUUCGUUGUUUUUGCGCUUUCCACUUUCUUCAUCUUCAGUUGUAUUGUUGUUCUGUAAGUUUACGGUGAUUUUGGCAAGAAAGCAAACGAAUAUUGUAGACUUUCGUUCCUUUCACACCUGGAGAACCAAAGGUCGACGGACAAACGUGUGAGGGUAAAGUCAGCAAAAGGAUACGUCACAUUGGUGGAACUCAAUGAACAGGUUGGCUGCUCAGAACAUUAAAAGUGUUAUUGGUUGUUCAGGUGUACAAAAAGUAUGGAUAUGAAAUUGUGCGGUCAGUGUUGCCCAUUCCAAAAGUUCGAAUGAUCGAAGAGCCGUCUUGUGAGAAUGUAUUUCGGGGGUGGUCCCGAGUCGCAAAACAGCCACAGCCGAAUGAGCCGCCGAAGAGAAUACCAGAGCAUGUUCGGCGGGAUUUUCUGCUCAACGGCUAUACUUUUGUCCAGUAUGUGAGUACGAAUCAGUCUUGUGUUGAUCGGAUUACGUUCAUGAGAUUUCAGGUGUACAGCAAUGACAAAAACUCGCCAAACGGUCAGAGACCAACGCGUUGGGACGAACUAUCGGAGAUUAUCAAUUAUGGACCGAGAAAAGUGGCGGAUAUGGGAUAUGGAAAUGAUGGGAGUGCGUGGCAUGAAUGCAGUAGAGACAAACUGAACAAAAGGUUUACAGUGUCCGUUCAUCACGCGAUGAACGAAUAUCGAUUGGAUGGAAUGAGAGGUUUGGUCGUUGGAAGUAUGAUACCGUGGGUGGAAAUAUUUGCGCUACAACACGGAGCCAAGCAUGUGCUCACAGUUGAAUACAAUCAACUGAACAUUCAACACGAGUUCAACGAUCGCAUCGCCUCAAUUCACCCCAAUGAGCUGGUGAAUGAAUGGCGAAAGUACGCUGAUUCGUUUGAUUUUGCUGUAUCGUUUUCAUCAAUCGAACAUUCUGGAAUCGGAAGAUACGGUGACCCUGUGGAUCCUAUUGGAGACUUUAGAGAAAUGCUCAAGAUCAAAUGCUUGCUGAAACCCGGAGGUAACAAUCCGGUUUCAAGACUCAACGGUUCAAUUCAAUUGUAGGCCUGUUGUUCUUCGGUGUUCCUUUAGGUGAGGAUGGACUCGUUUUCAACCUACACCGAGUGUACGGUCCUAUCCGGUUGGCAAUGAUGUUGCAUGGAUUCGAGUUGGUUGCCGAGUUCAAUGGAACAAGUUCUCGUCCAAUUUCUUUGAAUGAUUAUGCUCAACUUUUUCCGGGUUCGAAAACUACUCUUGUACAAAACACACUUGUCUUGCGGAAGCAAAGCUACGUUUGAAUGCGUCUUUUCUCAAAUAAUAACUUGCUCAUAUCAUCGAUCAAUCUGUGAAUGCCGCUAGUCGAGGCGAAACAAGAAUAUCUGUUACGUUAUGCUAGUUUGUUACAGUACGAAUCAGACUACAUGGAUUUCAAGCGCGUCUAAUGCUAACGAAGAAGAACCAGAUAUUGUCAGCUUCUCCUCUUAUCCUCUUAUCCUCACCCUGUCAGUUGCCAUUGGAAAAAGCGCUGAUUGAUGACAAUGUUCCGCCAAUAUCAAUGGCAUUCCUCGCACCUGCCGCUUGUCUGACUUGUGUCUGAUCAUUGGUGAUAUUGUGAAUUCGGGUUCUGGGUACCGUCUAGAUCAGUUUGAAGGUUGGGAAAGUGAAAGCUGAACAAUUUUGGGGUAUAAAAGCAAUACAUUUUACGACCAAACCAGAUCAGAAAAUGCUCUCUCUGCGGUCGCUAAUCAUUCUUUUCGGCCUACUCGCCGUCGCAUUGGCGUGUGCUCCUCACAUGCCACAGAGACAGGUGCAGCACGGAUAUUGCAAGUUCUACGGUAAGGAAUGACACAUUUCAAUUUAGAGUACAAACUAUCAUAGUUGAACAUAGCAUCUCAAACUGUUUCUAUAAUUCCAGUCGACGGAACAAGUGACACGACGACAAGCAGCAGCAGCCGUAAGAAGAGAGAUUCUUCUUCUUCUGAUUCUUCCGGAUCCGGAGAAAGUGACAGCGGAAGCGGCGGAACGACCAAGUACAAUCGAUCAAAGAAGAAGAAGAACACAAAGUGCUACGAGUAUGAGGAUGGCACCAAGGACGAGGGAGCCACUCUUAAGGAGGGAGUCACUUACAGUAAGUUACUCAUAAGCUAGGUACAGAACUGUUUUACCGUUUUUCAGCCGUCACUGUCACGAAGACGUCCUCUUAA